UGUAUCUUGUGUAAAAGGGAUAAAUUUGCUCACAGUUGGAGGAUCCCCAUCAACUACUGCAGUGCUCUUUAUCCACAUUGCAGAACUCAUCUUCAUCUGCAUCUUUUGGCUUACACAGUUAUACUAACCAUUCAUCUACUGGAAGUUUCUCUGCCAUCUCCAAAUUGUUGCUGCCAUGAACCUGAUCAUUCUCUCUGUUCUUUCGUCUUUCUUCAUUUUGUCAGUGUCUUUGAGACCCGAGCCUCCAAAAAACAAUGCUCAGAUCACCGUAAUGGGGUUUGUUUAUUGUGACAUAUGCUCCAACAACACUUUCUCCAGGCACAGCUACUUCUUACCUGGUGCUGAAGUCCAGUUAGAUUGUACAUUCAGAGCAGUUUCGCCAAAAACCAGAGAGCAGAUAGCAUUUUCAGUGAACAGAACUACAGAUAAAUAUGGGGUUUACAGGUUAGAAAUUCCAUCAGUUGAUGGGAUUGCAUGCGCGGAGGCCGCCAUUUCGUCCUCCUGCCUGGCAAGCUUGGUGGGUAGUUCUUCUACUUCAUGCAAUGUUCCUGGAUACAGAAGCACCACAGAUGAGAUAGCAAUCAAAUCCAGGCACCCCAAUCUCUGCAUCUACAGCCUCAAUGCAUUGAAUUUCAGACCAUCUAAGAGAGAUGUUACCUUGUGUGGUGGAAACUAAGAGGGGACUUCUCAAGUUCAUUCUGCCUUACGCCAUCCAUAUGGUCCCAUGGAAGGUCCUUUGCAUUUCCCAGUCUGCACAUAAUACAAGAAAUGGAGUACCUUUGAUACCCUCUUACCUUACAUCUUUACUUUACCUUUGCAUAAUUUCUUAAUUAUAUGCUUUCAGAUACUUUGUGCAUAGAAUGCAAAUCAAGUAUGUGGUAAACUUGGUGUUACAUACUUCAAUUCAGAUUUGGCCUUUAGUUUUACUUUUCUACAAUACAUGUAUAAGGCGGUAAUUAUGGAUGGAAUGGUCAAAAGCAUAUUUUGUAUUGAUUAGCAUUGUACACUUUCCUGUAUUUUCUCUUAUUUCAUUUUCUGUUAGUGUGGUUGUAGGCAAACUUUCAGUACUCUAGUUGUAUAUAGAUGUAAUGCCAUUUAUAAUGAAAUUAUUGCAUUCUA